AUGCAAGUUUUUAAAAGAUCAUCCGUUUGUUUAGCGGCUAUAAAUAAAAAUAUAACAAGGUCCGUUACAGUGAACAAAGUAUCAGUAAAUGGCGAUGCCAAAGAAAUUAAAUUAAAGUCCUGGCGAGAAAUACCAGGACCGCGAAGUCUGCCUCUAAUAGGACAAUUGCACCAUUAUUUUCCUGGAGGAAUAUUAGAAGACCUUUCUUAUUUGGGUGAUGUGCUAUACGAAAAUUAUGGACCUAUAGCUAAAUUAGAUGGUCAAUUUGGUGCAGAACCUGUCAUAUUUAUAUUCGACGCGGAAGCCGCAUCCCAGGUCCUAUGGGGAGAAAAUAGGAUGCCGUACCGGCCAAGUUUUAUUUCUUUGGAAUAUUAUAGAAAGGUGUACAGCAAUAAAGGGAAAACGGAUAUAGUGACAGGACUGGGAACAGAAAUGAGGUCCAAACGUAACGAAAAGAAUAUGAUACAAGGAAAAUUUGACGAAGAGAUGAAUCUAUGGGCCUUAGAAUCUAUUGGUGUAGUCGCUCUUGGCGAUCGACUAAAUUGUUUCGAUCCAAAUUUGGCAGAAGACUCACCAGUCAAAAAACUGAUACAGACAGUUCACGAUAUGUUUAAAUAUGCUGACAAAUUGGACUUGAACCCAAGUCUUUGGAAAUAUAUUUCUACUCCGACGUUUAAAAAAGCUAUGCAAUGUUACGAAGAUCAGAUGACGUUAAGUAGAUAUUUCAUUGACAGAGCUAUUGAAAAACUAGAUGUAAAAAAUAAUAAUGCUAAUGAAGAAAAAGGAGUUUUGCAAAAAUUACUUGAAAUUGAUAAAGAUGUGGCAGUAAUUAUGGCAAGCGAUAUGUUACUGGCAGGAGUAGAUACGAUGAAAGUUACCUUUUAUCAUCAAACAAUGUCUAAAUCGGACAAAAACUUUCCUAGACCAUUGGAAUAUUUACCAGAACGAUGGCUAGCAGAAAAAACUGAUCCACUUUAUUAUGGAAAUGCUCAUCCAUUUGCCUUUGUCCCUUUUGGAUUCGGGAUCCGAAGUUGUAUAGGUUCAUUAUACGGGAGAUUUGAUGAAAAGCUACCGGCUUAUUUAUACGAAACUUACGGACCAAUUGUCAGAUUAGAGGGAAAUUUCGGUUCACCACCAAUGAUAUUUCUAUACGAUGCUGAACCAGCGAUGCAUAUAUUUCGCAAUGAAAAUGUUCUACCACUCCGCCCUGGGUUCCAGUCUCUCGAAUAUUUUAGAAAAACAUACAAUAAAAGAAGUGAAGCAGUUGAAUCAACUGGCUUGUUGACAGAACAUGAAGAGGCUUGGAAAAAAUUUCGAUCUGCAGUGAAUCCUGUAAUGCUUCAACCAAAUACUAUUAAAUUAUAUUCAGGUAUUCUAGCAGAAGUAGCGGAUGAUAUGAUUUCAAGGAUGAAAAGUUUAAGAGAUACAGAUAAUAUGAUUAAAAAUGAAUUGGAUAUGGAAAUGAAUCUCUGGUCACUAGAGUCAAUCGGUCUUGUAGCAUUAGGCAGACGUCUAAAUUGCUUUGAUCCAAAUCUACCAGAAGAUUCCCCAGUUAAAGAACUUAUUAAAGUUGUUCAUGAUAUAUUUAAUUGUAUGGAUAAAUUGGAUUUCCAACCAAGUUUGUGGAGAUAUUUUUCAACACCUGCUUUCAAAAGAGCUAUGAAACAUUAUGAAGAUCAAAUCAGGCUCAGUGAAUAUUUCAUAGAAAUGGCUAUCAAAGAAUUAAAGGAAGAGAAAAAAGAUCCAAGUAAAGAAAAAGGAAUUUUGGAAAAAUUACUAGAAAUCGAUCAAAAGGUCGCAGUUAUUAUGGCGAGUGAUAUGCUGUUAGCUGGAGUUGAUACGACUGCCACUACUAUAAUAUCAUUAUUGUACCUUUUGGCAAACAACCCCGAAAAGCAGAAAAAAUUAAGGAAUGAGUUAAUGACAGCGAAAGAUAAACGACCAUACCUUAGAGCUUGUAUAAAAGAAUCCUUGAGAUUAUUGCCCGUAGUUGGGGGAAACUUCAGACAAACCACUAAGGAAUACGACGUCCUUGGAUACAGAAUACCAAAAAAGAUGUUCAUCGUAGUUGCUAACCAGUACAUGUCUCAAAUGGAAAAAUAUUACCCCAAACCUCACGAGUACAUUCCUGAGAGAUGGAUUGUGGAUAAAAACGAUCCGCUGUAUUAUGGAAAUACACACCCGUUCGUACACACUCCUUUUGGGUUCGGAGUACGGAGUUGUAUAGGGCGUCGUAUUGCUGAGUUGGAAAUUGAAACUUUCGCGGCUAAGCUCAUACAAAACUUUGAUGUCCGGUGGUUUGGUCCACCGAUAAAAGUUCGUGCAUCUACCCUUAACUAUUUGAUCGGACCCUACAAUUUCAUUUUUAAUGACGUGUAG